CAGUCACGUGCAGUGACUGGCACCAUGUCGUCCGCUCUGCCCUUGUCUGCCUCUGCUGUCCAUGAAGACAGCGAGCCCGCUUCCUCCACCGCUGCCGACCCCAUCUCGUCCGAAGCGUCCUCCUCUUCCACCAUCGCUGUCCCUUCCUUGCACCAGGAGGACGACAGCGCCUCAUUCCCUGUUUUUGAGGAGGAGAGCCUCGAAAACACGCCCGUCUCAACUUCCUCCCUCCCCACUCUUCCUCCUAGACGCCGCCGGUCACGCAACGUGACCGAGUACGAUUUGCGCAUCUUCCGUGGCCAGUCCAAGAAGAAGAUCUUCGACUACGUUGACCUAGUGAAGACUCUCCGCUGCCCUCGCUCCCCCGGCAAACUGCCAAAAGCCCCACUCGGUCAAGUGGGCAGAGAAGCGACCUACGUACGAAGAAGUGCUGCGCAACAGGCCAAUACUACGUUCGAACCUGCGCCAUGGGCUCAGUAAAGGUGCCCGUCCCAGGCCCAGCACGGCUAAAGAGAUCUGCUGGCCCGGACGAAUGGCUGGAAGCAGCAAAGAACUGCAAAUACCUUUCCGAAUACCACAUGAAACAACUCUGCGAAAUUGUCAAGGAGUACAUGAUGGAAGAAUCAAACAUUCAACCGGUUUCGACUCCAGUCACGAUCUGCGGCGAUAUCCAUGGCCAGUUCUACGACUUACUCGAACUCUUCAGAGUCGCAGGAGGCAUGCCGAACGAAUCUACCCCAGAAACACCUACUACUCCCGCAAACAUCAUCACCUCCGCAGACAUUGAACCCCCUACCACGAUCACGAACCCGAAAUUGAAAAAGAAACUCAAACUAGGAGGAGCAGAACAUCCAGAUGCGCCCAGCGAGAAAAGCGGCGAGAUCAGCGACGCAGAGGAAAUCAAUUCUUCCCAACAAUCGGAGAUCGAAGAUGAGCGAUCAGAAUCCGGAAACGUCGUGUCACGCCGACAAAACGCAAACUUCAUCUUCCUAGGAGACUACGUCGAUCGAGGGUACUUUUCACUCGAAACGCUUACACUACUUUUGUGCCUCAAGGCGAAAUAUCCCGAAAAAAUCACACUGGUGAGAGGUAACCACGAGUCCCGCCAGAUCACCCAAGUGUACGGGUUCUACGAAGAAUGCGUCCAGAAAUAUGGAAACACCUCGGUCUGGAAAGCAUGUUGUCAGGUCUUCGAUUUUAUGACACUCGGAGCCAUUGUUGACGGCAAAAUCUUAUGUGUGCACGGUGGGUUGUCGCCUGAGAUCCGAACAUUGGACCAGGUUAGAGUUGUGGCCCGAGCACAAGAGAUUCCGCACGAAGGAGCGUUUUGUGACCUUGUUUGGUCUGAUCCGGAAGACGUUGACACCUGGGCCGUAUCACCGCGAGGGGCUGGUUGGCUAUUCGGAGACAGGGUCAGUCAGGAAUUCUGUCAUGUCAACGGACUCAAUCUGAUCGCACGCGCACAUCAACUGGUCAACGAAGGAUACAAAUAUCACUUCAAGAGCCAGGACGUGGUUACGGUAUGGAGCGCACCAAACUAUUGCUACAGAUGUGGCAACCUGGCAUCUGUGUGUCACGUCGAUGAGGACCUCAAACCGACCUUCAAACUGUUCAGUGCGGUCAAAGAUGAGCUACGACAUGUUCCACCCUCAAGGGGUAAUCGAAACGAAUACUUCCUUUAGGACGAUGAUGAUGAUGAAAUCAAGCAGGAACUUGAGCUAACGGGGGAAGGAAUGAACAGACGAGAUGAUUGAGCUUGGAAGUCACACGAGCUUUCUUGGUACAAAAUUCGACAACGAUAAUUUCAGCAUAGCGAGGCGCGGUUGGAGCUGAGCAUACCAUCUUGUACAAUACCCACGACGAGAAGAGCUAGAUUAGAGCUAGCCUACCAUACAGCAUGGUUCAGAAGAGAACCAAACAUGCUACGUUACGUGCGCAACAGCGAUUGGGA